AUGGCAUCCACUCAGACGGUUUCUGUGUCUCUUCCCGCUCUCCCCCAGGGCUGGAGUGCCGAUAAGGACUUCAAGGCCGUUGGCACUCUGUCCGCCGCUACCCAGCGAAACCUGGAACCCGUUGGUCCUCACUUUCUGGCUCACGCACGCAGAAAGCGACACCACCGCACUUUCUCCGAGGAUGAGAGAAUCCAGGCUCAGCAGAACGUCAAGAAGACUGAGGAUGACGAGGAUGAUGAAAUCUCUGAACCUGAAGAUGCCGUCUUGCUCUCUAGGGAAGCCAAGGACUGGAAGAGUCAGGAUCACUACGCUGUGCUCGGUCUGACCAAGUACCGCUGGCGCGCAACCCCCGAGCAGAUCAAGCGUGCCCACCGCAAGAAGGUCCUUCGUCAUCACCCCGAUAAGAAGGCCGCCAUGGGCCAAAGCGACGAGAACGACAAUUUCUUCAAGUGUAUCCAGAAGGCCACUGAAUUGCUUCUGGACCCCGUUCGUCGUCGUCAGUUUGAUUCGGUCGACGAGGCUGCCGAAAUUGACCCCCCCACGAAGAAGGAGACUGCCAAGGGCAACAAUUUCUAUAAGCUGUGGCGCCCUGUCCUUGAAGCUGAAGCCCGUUUCUCCAAGAUCCAGCCUGUCCCUAAGCUAGGUGACGAGAACAGCACGUUCGAAGAGGUUGACAAUUUCUACAACUUUUGGUACAACUUCGACAGCUGGCGUACUUUUGAAUACCUUGAUGAGGAUGUCCCGGAUGACAACGAGAACCGUGACCAGAAGCGUCAUGUUGAGAAGAAGAAUGCCAAUGCCCGCCGCAAGCGCAAGACUGAAGAUACUGCCCGUCUGCGCCGCCUGGUGGACGACCUCGCCGCCCAGGACGAGCGUAUCAAGAAGUUCCGUAAGGCCGCCCGUGCCGACAAGGACAAGAAGCGUCUCGAGAGGGAAGCUGAGGCCAAGCGUCUGGCUGAGGAGAAGGAGAAGGCUCGUCUGGAGGAGGAGCAGCGUAAGAAGGAAGCCGAGGAGGCUGCCAAGGCCGAGCGUGAGAAGUCCAAGAAGGCCAAGGAGGCUGCUAAGAACGCGACCAAGAAGAACAAGCGUGUUCUCAAGGGCUCUGUCAAGGAUGUCAACUACUUUGCGGAAUCUGGCGAGCCUUCUCCCAGCCAGAUUGACUCUGUCCUGACCGAUGUUGAGAACAUCAUGGGCAAGAUUGACGCUGAGGAGCUGGCUUCUCUCGCCGAGCGUCUCACUGCUGCUGGCAAGGACGCUGCUGCCGUCAAGAGCGCUUGGACCGACGAGGCUAAGAGACUUGUUGGUGCUGGUAAGCUCAAGGAGGGUGAGACUAAGUUCUUUGCUUAA